AUGGGACAACUCACUUAUUUUCUUGGUCUUCAAAUUCAAUAUAAGGAGAAUGGUGAUUUGUGUGUCAAUCAAACUAAAUAUGCCAAAGAGUUGCUCAUCAACGCUGGCAUGGAACAUUGUAAACCCUCUCCUACACCCUCAAAACCUCAUACACAACUCCUUAUUUCAGAAGGUACACCUCUUUCAGAUACUACUCUAUAUCGAAGCCUUGUCAGAGCCUUGCAGUAUCUUACCUUUACUCGACCUGAUAUAGCUCAUGUUGUUGGUGUUGUUUGCCAAUUUAUGCAUCAACCCACUGACUCUCAUUAUUACUUGGUUAAAAGAAUAAUGCGAUGUAUCCAGGGCACAUUACAAUGUGGUUUAACAUACAAGUCAACCACUAAUCAUACCAUUUUAGCUUUUUCUGAUUCCGACUGGGUGACUAAUAUCAAUACUCGCAGGUCCAUUACUAGAUUUGUGGUUUAUUUAGGAUCCAAUCCUGUGUCAUGGCAAUCUAAAAAGCAACCUUCUGUUUCUAGAAGUUCAACUAAGGCAGAAUACAAAGCCUUAGCUCAUUGUGCAGCUGAUGUUUGGUGGAUUCGGUCAUUACUGAAGGACUUAAAUGUGUUUCUGCCUUCUCCUCCCAUUUUACAUUGUGACAACCUUUCUGCGUUAGCAUUAACUUCAAAUCCGGUGUAUCACUCUCGUAUCAAACAUCUUGAUACAGACUAUUACUUUGUGCGAGAGAAGGUUCAAAAAGGUGAUUUGGUUGUUCAGUACAUUCGUACCAAGGAGCAGGUUGCAGACAUAUUCACUAAGGGUCUUCAUAUCCCUUCCUUUGUUCAUCACUGUUACAAUCUUAACCUUGGGAGUCCUGGUUCAGAUUAA